AUGACGGGUUUAACAUCAUCGCAAGAACUAGCGUUAUUGGAUCUUUAUAAACGAGAAAUUAUAGCUCGAUUACAGGCUAUUUAUUGGAAUUCUGAUCUCGGGAAAUUUUUUAAGGAGUUGCUCCCUUCGGCAAAACGCAUCGAUGAGUUGCGUUUGAAAUUUGACGACGAAAAUUGUUUGCAGGAAAGCUAUGGGAUGAAAAGUUUGGAUCUUCAUGCUUUAUUGAAUCUCACCACGAGGGAAAAAGAACGGAGGAGUUAUUUCCAACAAGUUUUGAUUCAUUAUGAAAAGUUGAUGCGCUUCGUUGAUGUUGAUAAAGUUCUCGACUUUCUCAAGACCAUAGAACCUUAUGAAAAAGUGGUCGAAUUGAUUGCACAAGAUAUUCAAGAAGAAGAUCCAGCGACAAAGAAAAAGAUUUUGUUAAGGACAAUUCCACGGCUUGGUUCAGAAUCGUUCUUCGAUAUCUUGAAAGCUAUGUAUGAUGGCAAUGCGGAUGUGAACGCUUUCAUUGAGAAAAUUGUACCAAACUUCUUAAGAAGAUAUGAGCUACUUUGUGAAGAUCGCAUAAACAGUUCUUCGAUAAUACAGUUUAUUGAUACUUCUGAUUCAAUCAAGGAUGCCAUGGAAAAAAUUCAAGCAGCAAAGGAUAAAUCAAAAACACCAUUCUCUUUCAAUUUAAGAUGGGAUUCGUUGAGUGAACUCAAAAAUGGGCCCAUGAGAAAAUUAAUGCAAGCAUUGGAGUUGCACAUCAGCAAAGAAGAACCCAUUCAUUUGCGUGAGUAUCAAAAAGAAUUGUGUGGCAACGCAUUGGAAGGAGAAAACACAAUCAUUUGUGCUCCGACUGGAUCUGGAAAAACAAUAGUCGCGGCCCACAUAAUUAAAGAAUAUCUCAAAAGUCAAAGCCUUAAUAGGAAAUCAAACCAACCGCUGAGAAAGGUUCUUUUCUUAACUCCAACUACAUGUAUUUUGGAUCAACAGGCAAACGCUAUGAGGAAAUAUCUGCAACAUGCUUACAAAAUAAUUACGACUUGUGGGGCGGAUCAAACCCCGUUAGAAGGAGCAAUUGAAGAUAACGACGUUAUAUUUACGACUCCACAAAUGAUCGUUAACUUGUUAAAAAUGACGAUUCUUAUGUGCACGGAACGCGAAAAAAUUCUCCAUACAGUAACAUUAUGCAGCAAUAUCACCGGGAUAAAUUUGCGGCAAAAAACCGGCAAAGAGGAACUACCACAAAUCAUUGGGUUAACGGCUUCGAUUGGAGUUGGUAACUCGAAAGACAGGGAACAAGCGCUUAAAUAUGUCAUUUCGAUGUGCGCACUACUUGAUUCCCCGACUCUUUCAAUGGUUCGGAACAAUCACGAUGAUCUAGAUCGCUAUUCUACGCCUACAACAGAUGAAUGUUGGAAGUCGAUCUCAGUCGACGAAAACCAAGGACUCUUCAUUAAUGCGCUUAUAGAUCUUAUGUUUGCUUUAGAAAAAGACAUCUUAAAAUUGAUUGAAAGCACCCAUAAAUUACCUGAGUAUCAUUUUUUUCGGAACCUAACUGAUGAUUUUGGUUAUUCAAAAUUUGCCAAUCCUGAAGUGCUAUCAAAACCUCCAACUGAGAAAGGAGAAGCAUACGAACACUGGCUUUCCAACGCGAUGCGAAGGCUGGCCAAGAUUCUCAAGAAAAUGGAAGUUCUGCAAAAGCUUUUUGAUGGUCUUCAAAUGGCGUCGCUUUUUCCCACUAAUUACACUCUGGAUGAACUGCAACAGUAUUUUUCGAAUGAAAACUUCCAAAAGAUAGAUCCACACGCUGUAACACUGUGGCAAUUAUUACAAGGAAAACUGCAAGAGCUUGCUAGUGCUGAAUGUGCUUUGGUGAAUGAUCUAGUCAGCUUGCUCUGCGAACCAAAGUCCGACGAAGAUUUCCGAGCCAUUAUUUUUAUCAAAACUCGACGGAUCAAGGAAAAGCAAAUGAAAUCGGAAUACAUUACUGGGCUAAACGCCAAGUCAGACGCUGAGUCGACAUCAAAACAAAAACAAGCCGAUAAAUUAGCGAGAUUUGAAAACGGUGAAACGAAAUGCUUGAUUGCAACUUCUGUGGCCGAAGAAGGACUGGAUAUUGCCAAAUGCAAUUUAGUCAUCAAGUAUAGCCAUGUCACGAAUGAGAUCGCUGGGGUUCAACGUAGAGGUCGGGCUCGAGCGAAAAAUUCUCGCUGUGUUCUGUUGACCUUUGAUGAGAAGCUUAUUAAACGAGAGGAAGCGAAUAAUCAAAAGGAGCGACUUAUGAAAAGAAGUUAUGGAUUUGCUUUUUUACUGGGAGUCAAUGAUGAAGUGCGCGAAAUUUAUGAAGAAAUCCAGAGAAAAGAUGCCGAGAGAGGUGAAAAGAAGAAACGGUUGAAGGAAAGUGGGAUCGAUUAUGACGUCGAGUGCAAAAUAUGUUCUUCAUUUUUGUGUAAAUCUUCUGAUGUGAAGGUGGCAAAAUCUCACAAAAACAUCUACGAAGGAAUUGGCGUUAUAUUCUGUCGUGGGGAAGUUUCUGGCUCAAGCUGCUCUAAGGCGCUCAGGCGAAUCUUGAACAUCAAGAAUGCUCCAAUUCCGAUAUUAACAGCAGAUGAACUGAAAUUUACUUGGGAAGAAAAGGGAGAAAAGAAAGCGCGCACUUUUCGAAAAUGGAAACAAAUAACCGAAGCACUUUUUCCAUCCAAAUGGAUUACGAAAUUU